CCUUGAGCGGUCACCAUCUUCCAGUUGUACCCAAGUUCUACCAGCUGUUGUGCGACCAUGUCCAACACAUCCAAUACUGAUGUUCAUAUGUACUUCUUGGGCCUUGCCCUAGACGAGGCACGAAAGUGCAAACCAACUCCGACCGCCUUCUGCGUGGGCUGCGUCCUCACUGCGUCUCUUACCGACUCAAGCGAGCCAGUCAUCCUAGCGCGGGGCUACUCUCGAGAACUUCCAGGCAACACUCAUGCGGAAGCAAACGCGCUAACCAAGGCGCGCCGUCUAUCCAAGGAGGAGCUCAGGGAGUUGCUUCCUUCCACCCCGGAAGAUGUGACUAUCGAGCACGUUCUGAACCGUGCCGAUGUCUACACUACCAUGGAGCCAUGCUCCGUGCGCACCUCCGGUCUGGCACCUUGCGCGGAUGCUCUCAUAGCAGCCGGAAUACGCAGGUGCUUCAUCGGUGUUGGAGAGCCGGAUGACUUCGUGCAGUGCGAAGGUACAAGGAAACUAGAGGAUGCCGGGAUCGAGGUCGUUUGGACCAGGGGCUUAGAGCAAGAAUGCCUGGCGGUCGCGCGGACGGGACAUCGAUCGAACACAUGAUGGGUUAGAGUCUUGGAGAACAAAGUACGAAGGACACCUGGAUCUCGUGGAGG